AUGACUCGCGAUGUCAAUAGAAGAAUCAAGUUUUAUGCAUCAACACUUCAACCUAAUAAACCUCCUUUGUCACCCUUAAAAGUUAACGUCCCUUUUCAGACAUGGAGUUCUCCCGAAAAUAAGUUCUUCGCAACCAGAUUACGACACAAUGAUUCAGAAGUGAUUGGACUGCGAACUGGCCAGGGAUUAGAAUUUUAUCAAUUUAACUCUGACUAUUUGCUGGAACAAGUGACUAAUACUUCUAUUAUAGCAAGGGUUCAAGACCAACUAUUUUUUGCUGACUUGACACAUCAAAUAUACCAAGAUAUUCUUCACUUAAAUGACAGUGGUUUGUUUGUCUAUCAAUAUAAUGAUAAUCAGAGGGAUUACAGAUUCUUACAUCGCCACAAUGAAUUCACUCAACCAUAUGGUUGGUCACCACAUUAUGCGAACUCUAUACAACUAACAGACCUAAACAGUGAUGGCCGUGAUGAUUUACUUUUUACUGGACCACGGGGAAUAACAGCAUUAAGCUUUGAUGUCACCAAUAAUAGCUGGAAAACUUUGUUAGGCCCUGAACAAUUAAUUGGAGCACAGCGGUAUGCAAAUGUGGUUUGUGCUUUACCAUCAAUGACACCUGCAAUAGUCUACUCUUCUGUACUUACGCAAGAUGCAGAAGGCAAGGUCCAAUGGGGGUUGGUAAAACCAACUCCAGUUAUUCCCUUUUCCACCACUACUGUACCAUCAACCAGUACUACACUUACUACAUCAGUAAACACAGCUCACAGUCCCUCUAUCCGUGGGAAUGACUUAUUCCCUGAACAAAUUCCUCGUCAAGUACUUCCUGAAAAGCCUGCCUUACGCUGGGCUGAGCAAUGGAAUGACGGAUUCCUUAAGGAAACGGUGGAUCCAGCUAGUGGUCACGCACAUUUAAACAUACCUCUAGUCGAUAUCUUUGCUACUACAGGAUGGAAAUUGCAAUUGUCCCUUUCCUAUAAUAGUCGAGUUACAACUUCUGAUGUGUCCGGAAUAGGAUGGUCAUUGCCAAUGGCACAGGACUAUAUCUUUGUUGACCAUCAAGGCAGUAUUUUCCCUGAGGACGCACACUACUACUUAAUGACUGGAAGUCGCCCACAGCGUCUAAGAUUUUUGUCAGAUGAAAAAGGAAUACGACAUUUUCAAUUGCAGCAAGAAGCUGAAGGAACGCAAAUAACUAUUUCCUAUCACCAAUCAGAACAACGUUGGAUAAUUGAAAGUGAAACAGAGCAAACUAUUUAUGGCAAAGCUAAACAUAGUGUGGUGCAAGAUGCGCUACAAUGGAGUUUGGGUUGGCCUAAUUGGCGUAGCAUCGGUCGUGAUAAAGCGCAUCAGCAGCCAUUAUUAAUUGCAUGGUAUUUAAACAUGCGUCUCGAUAAGGAUAGCAAAAGGAUGCUGUAUUACCACUAUGAGAAAGAUAAAGCUACGAUAGCUGGUGGUAAAACAUAUGACUCUGCACUGCGACUGAAAGGCAUCAGCGAUGAUCAAUAUUUGAGGCUUAAUUUAGAUUAUGCACUUAGAGAGAAGAGUGAAUAUACCUCACAUAAUCCUGUAGAUGAUGAAGGAAACAUUAUUUUUCCAGUAUCACUUGUGCAGUCUCAUUAUUUACAAGGAUAUAGCCUUACUACCUCUUCCUAUAGCCAAACACUGAGCUUCGUUUAUCAAAUCAAGGACGGGAAACGAUUGUUAACUGAUAUAAAACAGCGUUUAUUAUCGCAUACUGAACCGGUACUGCACUUUACCUAUCAAACUAUAUUAGACAAUGAUUACCAGAACUUAUUAACUGUAGCCAAUUCAACUACAUCGACACACGCUGAACCCCAAGAAUGUCGAGUGCGAGCUGUUUCUGCUUUACUUCCAUCUAAGAUGGAAUCAUUUGUAAAUCGAGUGACAUUGAGUGCUAGUGAUAUAGAAAGAAUAACAGCGUAUGAACGUUCUUUUAAUGCUGACCAGAGAGCGUUAAUCUAUAAUGAAACAGUAGCAAUAAUACCAGGCAAUAACAAAGUCGCAUAUGGUUGGCAAGAAGCAACGAGAUCUUAUCACAGAGGUAAUGUUACCAACACUGAUCGUUGUUUCAAUGCUGAUGGUACUGAGGUUCUUAUGCCACCCGAAGAAAAAUCUGUAGAGCAAGCUGCAAAUGAAACUGAACCCGUUUCUAAUCCAAUGCUAUUAUUAGAUCGCAGUGGAAAAAGGCUAAUCAGUGAUUUCUCACCAUACGACUUGGCUGAGGAAAUGGUUGCUUACUACGGCUUUGAACCAUAUGAGAAUAACCAGAUUGGUAUUCCGGCUGCGAACUCUGCAACAAAUUCAUGGCGGAUCAACCGGGCCCGUAUUGUUAAAGGAAAUUUUGCCUUCGUUGGGGAACAUUAUUUGGAACUAAAAAGCACUUUCAAAAAUCAACCAUCAUUUCUGGAAGGAUUGUUCCAGCCACGUGAUCAGGAAACUACUUAUCUAGCCGCUUGCUGGAUACGCUGCAGUGCAGCAUUGACGUUAGAUACAACAGUGCCCUAUCUUAGGGCUAUUAUUCGUACCAUCACUGGACAAAAAAUUAUUGCGUUAAGUGCACAAACUAAGCGUCAAAUAGGCGACUGGUUUUACCUUGAGCUACCACUGAAUUUUCAGGUAUUGAGACAGAUUUAUCGAGACUAUGUUAACUAUAAUGCAAUCACAGAAAGCAACAGUGUGCAACCAUCACAAGAGGAAGCUAACUUACAGAUUGUUCUACGAGUAGAGGCUCCAGAUAAUCAGACAAUAGACCUCGAUCAUAUUCGUUUCUCACCCAUUACUCACGAUUUUCAAGCAGCUGUAUACAAUCCGAUAACUGACAAACCUACAGCAGUUAUUAAGGCCAAUGGUCUGGUCACUAGAACCAUUUAUAACCGCUUAGAUCAAGAAAUUGCCAGUAUAGAUGAAGACGGUAAUUUGCAAGAAUUUUCUUCAUCUAGCAGAACAGGCAAAUUGGUACCUUCCCCACGAGGAAACAUUAUUGAUUCCAAACCUAAUGUUAUAACAUUAGAACCAGAGAAUGGAUCGUAUGAAACUUUUGAUAGAAAUUCUUGGCGCACUCGAUGGAAAUUAGAUAAUCCAGCCGUCUGGAAUGUUGCUCCAGGUCAACUAUGGCAUAAACAGUCAGGAAAACACAUAAUUCAGGCAGCCACAAAUUUAUUUGAUCACAAGAGUGCUGCUAUUCGAUGCUACUUUGCCCUUCAAGAGUCGGGAUCUGCUUUAUCGCUAAAUUGGAAAGAAAUUGGCAGGUUAAAGUUCACUCGGAAAUCAAAUGGUUUUACUGAUUUAACUAUACCAAAUGCACAAUCUCUUAUUGCUCCAUUGCCAUCAGCCGGUGAAUUAAUUGUCAUGCUUGAAGAAAAUUACUUAUGGAUAUGGUUGGAUGCUGUAUUAAUAGUAGACCAAGCGUUGCCAAUAACUUCAUCAACUCCAUGGUCAAUGUUUGGAAUAGAAGCAGAUGGUAAAGUUCUAGUUGAAGACUUGUUAGUAAUGAAUCGCCCUCAGACAACAAUCAAUUAUUACAAUGCAUUUGGUGAUAAGACGCAGGAAAUUCAGUUGGAAGAUGCUACGACAGCUCAAGUAAGUGAGAUAUUGUAUGAUGCGUUGGGACGUAAAUCUAUUACUACCAAAACAACACGAGUACAUCGUAAUGCAGGCCAAUCGCUUCUAGCUUAUCGAUCAGACUUUGUUAGCAAUAAAAAUACUUACAAUCAGCAAUCCGUCUGGCAAACAGGAAUCCUUCAAGGCGAAGUUAAUCGGUUAAAUCCAUCAGAUCAAGGGGUAGCUUACACACGCACUGGAUACGCACCUAAUCCAUUAGAUCAAGAACAGAAUUUAGGUUUGCCUGGUCCAGAUUUUUCAAUUACUGGUCGUUACUCUACUAAAGUAAGUCAGCAUUCGGAUUUAGCUUUUCUUGAUAAUCUGUUUCCAUCGAAUAAUGGCUACCGUCAAAGAGUAGAACAUACCUCAAAUGGUAGUUUAAGAAUUUUCGUUUUUGAUCAAGCUAAUAAUCAGGUAGCUAAAUAUGUGCGAGUCCCAAGCUUUGACCAUUUACUCAGUACUUAUGAAUACGAUACGGAAAAGCGUUUAAUAAAAAUCUUACCGCCGUUAUAUCAUGAAAAAGCAGAGACUGACAUAAGAUUAACAGCCUGGAAAUUUGGAGAGGAUCACCUUUCUCCUGCGGAGAAACAAUUACAAUAUGCGUUAGCAUCUCGCUUUGUUUAUGAUAAAUAUGGCCAUUUAAUACGCAAGAUUACGCCUGAUAGUGGCACAACUGAAUAUUUAUACAACGCUGCAGGUCAGAAGCGUUUUAUGGUUUCUCUAGGCGCCACCAAUGAAUCUCAAAAGAUUGUUUAUUUCAAUUAUGAUAGUAACGACCAGUUGAUUAGCACUGGACAUAUAAAUCGCCCCUUAUCUCUCACUGCUUUACGUCAACAUUUAGAAAGCACACAUUUACCUUAUGCCAUAGAUUAUCAAACAUUUGAUUAUUCUGACGGUCAUUUUGAUCCACUGUUACGUGGCCGUGUUAAGGAGUUCAUUACUCUUGAUGAAGGCGAAGUAAUUAUUGAAAAAUUGCAUUUUGAUGCACUGCAGCAAGUAAUGUCUAAAAAUGCAAUACUAAAUGAAGCCACUUCUGAUUCACUUAAUAACAUUGAAAAGCAAUAUGCACAAGAUAAACUACAGAAGAUAAUAUAUCCUGUAGCCUUUGACGGUAAACCGUUGCAUGUAGUGCACAGUUAUAAUAGGCUAGGUCAGUUGACUGGGCUAGGAACUCCUAAUAACCCGACUCGUUACGCUAGAUUUACUUAUCACGCUACUGGUCAAUUGGCUAGUGAACAAUACCAACAAGGCACAUCACUCAGCUUUACCCGAAACUAUCACUACAAUUCACCUGGAUUCCUUGAGAAAAUAUCGGAUCCUUUCCUUACUGAAGAUAUCGCCUAUGCAAAUAAAGGCUAUGGUCAAGCUGGCUACGGCGAUGGCAUGAUAAUGCAAGCAACUUUCAAUGCCAAUUGGCCAGUAAAUGCUGAUGGAAGAUGGUUUCAAAUACACGAAAAUGAUUUGGGAGGCAAUUAUUCUGCAGUAUGCGUUAAAGCGUUAAAGCGAACAGGUCAUCUUUCUGAUAACGGCCAACCAAUGAAGUUGUAUAUUCGCGAUGCAGAAACGGCCCUACCCUUGGUUUGCGGAGGAGAAAUGGGUCGUCGAAUGGCUAGAUUGGUGGCUGAGAAGCAAAAGCCAACAUAUUACGGACAUCGUUAUGCUUAUGGCAAUCACCAAGAAUUAACUAAAGCUAAAUAUUUGAUUGAUGAUGUAGAGAAUCUGACCGAUCCAUUACAACCAGAUUCAUUUGCUAAAAAGAUUCCCGGUUUGAAUAAGCAACAAUCACAACAUAUUUGGCAACUACUCACUGACGCUGAUUAUAUAAUUACUGAUCAACAACGCGAUGAUCCAGCGACUGCAAUUGGUAGACGUGGCGAAUCAUUCUUCCGGAACGCAGAUUUAAAAGCUGAUCUAAGAGCCUUGAAUGAUAAGUAUGUGGUUUAUGUUGAGCCAAUUAAGCGGUUAAUUAUAUCAGCAAUUAGUCGCCAAAAGACAUUAUCAUUGGUGGAUUUUUCAGCAACCUUUUUACAUUGGCAAAAUCUUAAUUUAGCCUCAUCUAGGCUUAUUUAUAAUUGGCAGCAAGGAAUAGCAAACCAAAUCGGUCAAAUGCUGCUUGAUAAAGGUUACUUACCAACACAAAUUUCCGACUUUACACGAUGCUUGAACAGCCACUUUAUUACUACUUUGCACCAAUAUACUGUCUUUAUACCGAAGAUUGUGCAAACGCUAUCGCACCACUUCUCGUAUGAAUUAGGACAAACGGCUUUUGAUGUAGAAUCUACAAAAAUUGAUGCUAAUGGCAAUCAUCACCUAUUCUAUACAGGCUUUGAUCGUUAUGAGUUGGCUUAUCGUGAUGUUACGAAUCAAAUCGAUCGCAUAGAAUUAGAUUGGCCGAUAGAAUCACGAGUGAAACAGAUUUUAUCCAUGAAACAUGAUGAUCAAGGUAAUGUGAUUCAAGCAUUGCAUAAAAACAUUCAACAUAUUGAGUACCAUCCAGUUUCUAGCCGUACAACUCGCAUCAAGCUUACAGACGGUCGUACUCUGCGUUUUUACUAUGAUGCGCAGGGCGAAAGAGUGGUGAAACGGGUGUUAAAUGCGGAAGGUUUAAUUAGUCAGGAAACUCACUAUCUUCGUGAUGAACAAGGUAGAGUUCUUAUAGACCGACAAACUAAGUAUCUAGAUGGCUCAACGCAAUACGUGAUUACAGCUUACCUUUAUGGGCCUAGAGGUCUCAUAGGAUUCAUUCGCAAUAAUAAUUUUUAUAAUGUCACUACGGAUCAUUCUGGAUCAGUUCGACUGGUAAUCAAGGACGGCCGAGUCGUAGCAGCUUAUGAUUAUCUGCCAUACGGUGGUCUUAUGCGUUCUUAUGGCAAUGAUCCACAAGCACACAUUUCAUACCGCUAUACAGGCCAAGAAUGGGAUGAAGAAACUGGCCUCUAUAAUUAUCACGCAAGACUCUAUGAUCCAAGUAUUGGUCGUUUUUACCAGCCCGAUCCAAAGGCCCAAUAUUUUAGCCCGUAUAAAUACGCUGGUAACUCACCAAUCUCCGAAGUCGACCCCGAUGGAGAGUUGGCUUUUCUUUUAAUCAGCUUAGCGUUAGGUGUUCUUGGUGCGUAUCUAGGCGGAGCAGCAGCUAACGACCGUUGGAAUCCAGUGGAGUGGGAUUUUACAGAUCCAGGCACUUAUUUAGGCAUAGGAGGUGGGGCGAUAGCUGGUGCCCUAUUACCAGUGGGGUUUGCAGCUUCAGCUGCUGCUAUUGGUGGAUUAGCAGGUAGCGCUGCAAUUGGGGUAACUGCUACUGUUGGACUAGGAGUUGGUGGUGCUUACUUAACAACUGCUGCGAGCACAGGAAGCUGGGAUCCUUCUAAAUGGAAGUGGGACCGACCGAAUACUUGGAGUUCGCUGUUUCAAGGCUUUGGCGCUGGUUCUGGAAUAGCUGGUGGAAUAGGAAUAACACAUAACUUUGCGAAUAGCGGUAAAGUUAUCGUGUACCUUGGCAAUUUGAAGGCAUUGAAUGCUAUAGGCAUUGGUCAACGUGCUGUAAAGGGCGUAUUUUUAACCGUAAGUUAUGCAAGUGCUGGUGGUUUAGCGUACUAUCGUGCUGGCUCCGCUAACGAUGGAAACUUUGCUUUUUGGGAGUGGGAUUGGACUAAUCCGGCGACCUGGUCAGGUUUAGUAGAUGGAUUUGACACCGGAAUGGGAUGGCCGCAGAAUGUCAUGGAAAUGAGUCGCGGCGUCGGCAGAUUAGCUAAGAACCCUAAAAAGUACUUAUUUUCAGGCCAGAACCAGUUAAAGUUAAAAUCUAUCUUAAAGGACUCCAAGCAUCCAUUGUACAAAGCUACAACAGGUGUAGUAAUGGCAUACUUUAUGGGCAGUUCAGCUAAUGGAGAUUUCGACAUUACUAAAUGGAAUUUAGCUUCAUUUUCGACUUACGAAGGAGUACUGAAUGGAGUCUUCUUCGGUAAAGAUAUAACGAAGUCAUUGAAGUAUAUACGCGAUGUUAAAGUGAAGCAGCCAUCCAAUGCAGGGAUACAUAGUCUUAGAAAGAAAAUAAAUAAUAAUUGGUCACGAACGGUUAGUCGUAUAUUAGAUUUUAUCCAAAUGUCACGUUUAGGACAAAAAUAUCAGAAUUUAGCAGAAAAUAUAUUUACUUCAAAAACACUAUGGAUAUCUAAAUUGAACGAUCAGCCACUUUCAAUAAAAAAUCAGUUUGAGAAAUUUAUUCAGGGAGGUUUUCAAAAAUGGAAGAGCGGAGAAAAUCGUCCACCACUGGAGCUUCAAAAACUAAUUCUAGGCGAGACAAAAUUAACAGUUCAAGAAGGUUCAGAGUUAAUUAAGUGGAAAUCGGAGGGUGAAGAAACAAUUAGAAAACAACAGGAAGUGUUUCCUGACGAGGAAGACGCUUUGUUUCUUAAUUGCAAAGGUUCUAGACGUAGAAAACGCGGAACGGUGCCUUGCUUUAUACCUAUGGAGGAUAUGAAACAAGAGCAUAAUCCUGAAUUAAUAAGUGAAUUUUUCAAAAGUUUUGACGAGGGAAUAGCCAGAGGUGUAGAUCUAGGGGAUGAAUAUAAACUCAUUCAACCAAACACCAGCGAAGAUCCCAGAUAUCCCAAUGGAUUUGAUCCAAGCAAUCCUCAAGGAUUUGCAGAGAAUCUUACCUUACUCUUGAAUAAAACCCCAAAUAUUCUUGCUCCUACUCAUGAAGACUUUUUCACAAAUCUCAUUUUAGGAUCCAUUUUAACAAUGCCUGAUAUGCAAAAAACUAGUGGGAAAGUUAUUUAUGCAAACAUUGAGACUGUGAAUCUUCCUGACUCUAAUGGGCAUCAAUUAUUUUCACACAAAUUCCUUAAAACAGGGUUUAAAGAAGGUAAUACAUUAGUACUGAAAACCUUCAUUGCUGAAGAUCGUAACUUGACUUUUGGGCGAGAAAAAGGCGAGAAAGGAAGAAUCCAUGAACAUGUUAAGAAAUGGUUAGAUGGCGUGAGUAAAUAUAGCGAAAUAGAGCUCAAUUUAUUAAAUCAGAAAUUCGAUCGUGGGAGCAUCUAUACUCAUAUACAAGAAAAUGUUUAUUAUAUACACACUGAUAAUUCACUGUCCAUGCGAAGUUCAUCAACUGGGAAAAGUGAAUACUUUCAAAACUAUUCAAAUCAAAUGAAAGUGAUUUUGCAAGAUUUAAUUGAUGUAAUUGCAACACAAAAACCAAUAAGAGGUGCAGAUAGAAAAAAUAGUUUAGUCCAAUAUUUAGAAAAUAUUGACAUUUAUAAUACCGAUAAAGUGAAAGCUCUGCAGGAUAAGAUUAAGAAAAUAGAAAAAGUAAACGCAUUAACUGAUAGUGAAUUACAAACUAUUGCGAAUGCCGCAAUGAAUUCUAAAGUGGAGACUAUACUUGACAAAAACAUUAUAAAACUAGCAGAAAUUGCACUACAAGACACGAGUCCGAGGGGAAGUCCAAGUGUAAAGAAACCCAAAGUGGAGAUUACAACUGAUGAUGAUGUUAUAAGUGUGGCAGAUACGAUAACUCACGAAACGACCUUAAGUGAAAUUUCUAGUCUUGACAUAAAUAAAGUAGAACAAGGAAUUGUAGAAUUUUCUACAGAUGUGUUGAAAUUAUACUACGAUCAUAAGUCAACUUUUGGCUUUGACUUGAACUCAGAAUCCGGAUUUCAUGGUUUUUUCUAUGGAGCCUUGGCCCUAAACUUUAAAAACCGCUACAACUUAGAUGUCUACGUAGAACGUAUUUCUGGGAGAGGUUAUGCUGAUAUGCUGCUUCUCUCUCGCAAUGGACCGGAUGGCAAUAAAAACUGGCACGCUAUUCCGAUAAUCUUUGAAUUUAAAGCAGAUAGCACUUCCGCUGGUAAGGCGACGGAUCAGGUAACCGGUACCGGUUAUCUCUAUAAUCUCAGUAUGAGGACGGUUGCUGAGAAAGCCAUAGUUAUUGGAAUCAAUUCUAAACUCGACUCUGAAAUAGAUAUUUAUAGCGCCAUUACGACAAGAAAAGAAGAUAUACCACGAAUAGAAGGAUUUAUGCAGGAAUUGAAGAAGAUCACAAAAGGAGUUGGCAGCGCUAAUAACUUCGAGACAGAGUUGAAGCAUUUGUACUAUUCUACAUCGCCCUUAGCAAUUAAAGGCGAUGACCAUUACAUGAGCAACUUAAUUUUAGGUGAGAUUUUGUCAGAGAAGGAUCGAAAAAUUCUUGUUCAAAAUAAUGGGGAUUUCAGGACAUUUGUUUUUCAGGAAGGAGACAAAUGGGUAAUGUUAAAUGUUAUUGAAAGCAGCGAAAAGCGCAAAGAUAAGUUCAAAUUUAAAGACAUAAAGAUUGAAGAUAAAAUUAAACUUCCCAGUGAGAUAAGUGACACUUCUAACAUUAUUAGAUUUGAUAUAAGCGUAAAUCCCAAGUCUAAGGAUGGUUGGUCCUCUCUUGAGCCGAAAAGAAGUGUCGGCAAAAUAACCAAUGCAAGUGAUUAUUACUUUCAAGGUAUAAAACAAAAAGAUGUUAAUUCUAAUCUGGGAAAAGCUGAAUAUCAAAAGAUAAAUUCUGUAGAUAUGACAAACUUUAUUGGUGCUCCUGACGAUAUACUGAAAAGCUUAUCAAAAUCUCUAGGAUCUAUAAAAGACAUCAUUAACAGUGAGAGUGAUUUUCAAGCUGUAUUGCAAGGAUUAUUUAUGGGUCACGCCGUAAACACAGCGGAUCAGGGAAUUAUUAUGAAAGUAUUUCCAGAAGCCAAUCUUUCCAAAGAGGGCAGAAGUGAUCUUAUAAUAUCUGUACUGAAAAAGGAGCCCAAUGGUCAGAUACACGAAGAAGGCAUCUUUGUAAUGGAGCUGAAAUACGCUAAAGGAGAUGAUGAUGAUGCGAAACUUGGAGAAGGAAACCGACAAGUGAAGAAGUAUGGAUCUAAUUUAGCAUCCGUCACUGAUCUUGGCGUUUACACACCUAUUGUGGCUGUGUGUUGUCAACCAGGGAUCAAAUUUAAGGUGCAUGAUGUUGAAACCAUUCAUCAUCCUUCUCCAAGAUCCCAGCCAGUUAGUAUAGACGAUAUACUAAAUUUUCCGCCUCCUCCUGCUGUCGGUGGAGCAUCCAGCUCAUUCUUAGGUGACACUCGCAAAAGGCCCAAGCCAAGUGACCGACGCAAGAGAUCAUUAGGUUAUGUAAGAAAUGCUAAGGUUUCUGCUGCAUCUUCGGGAAGCAGUAAACUACAAUUCCGACCCUUCAAUAUGAUUAUAAACGUACUGACAACGGUCUUGUCUUUCUUAUCGAUUAAUUGGUUAUCAAGCUCAAAAGAGAACGAAGAUCAACAUCUUCCUCCAAGUGAUUUCCUCCCCAGAUCACAGUCAUCCAUUGAUCAACGAUCACUUGGUAAAACCUUGCUAGAAUCGCAUUCGGAACAACAAAGUCCUUCCAACAAUUUCCCAACCGGCCCAACGUUACUAGAAAUGGGGGAUCAAUGGAUUAAUAGAACUGACGUGAAUGGUUUGCUUACCUGGGGCACAUUAUUGGCAAGGAAAUGGACAGGAUACCGUCCAAAAGCGGUUACAGCUUCGAGCUAUGAUCCUUCAAUAGCAAUCAAACUGAAUAUACAAGCUCAUGAAUUAGUAGAUGCAUUUAUAGGUGACUUGGCAAUCCAUGCUCAAACUUGUGGGGUUGGAAAAGCUGUUUCUGAUUUAUUGGAAAAUACUGACUUAUACACAAAUAUCCUGGAAACAACGCGCAGGAAGUUGGCUAAAGGACAGCUAGACGGUGUUUCAGACUUCUUAUUUCAACAUGUAGUUCAACAAAAUAUCAGAAAACUAGCAACAAUGUCUACUCAAGUUCAGGCUAAUGAAUUACUGAUGAAGGUAAAGAAAGCGUUACCUGAUCUUCAACAACAGUUUAUUCAGCAAAACUCAGAACUACAAAACCAUUGCGAAGAAGGGCAAUUACCUUAUGCCACACCGAAAGAUAAUACUAACUUUGUGAGACAAGAAACAAGCAGUAUGGAAUCAGUAAAUCAGUUCUCUCAUCCUGAUUCACUGGUCAAAGAAACCCAGAGUAGAACUUGUAAUAUUGUGCCCAAUUAUACAGAUCAUUUCAAGCAACUUUGUUGA